CUGACCGUAUCGAUAAACCUGCGACGAAAGUUCUUUUGCGUGGAAAUAUUUAAGUGAAUUAAAUAAAGUUAGUUUUUGUCUUCGGUUAAAACACCUUGCUAAUUCUAUUAAAAAUGUUCCGCUUACCUGUUGCACUUGCACGCACCUCCGUCAGCCGCCAUCUGGCGAUGCGGGGCUAUGCGAAGGACGUGAAGUUUGGCGCCGAGGUGCGCGCCAUGAUGCUUCAGGGCGUAGAUGUGCUGGCCGAUGCGGUGGCCGUGACGAUGGGCCCCAAGGGUCGCAACGUCAUCAUCGAGCAGUCGUGGGGAUCGCCCAAGAUCACCAAGGAUGGUGUGACUGUGGCCAAGUCGAUCGAACUGAAGGACAAGUUCCAGAACAUCGGUGCUAAGCUGGUCCAAGAUGUGGCCAACAACACGAACGAGGAGGCUGGCGACGGUACCACGACUGCCACAGUUCUUGCGCGCGCCAUUGCCAAAGAGGGAUUUGAGAAGAUCUCCAAGGGCGCUAAUCCCGUCGAGAUCCGCCGCGGUGUAAUGCUGGCCGUGGAGACCGUCAAGGAUAACCUCAGGGAAAUGUCUCGCCCAGUGAAAACCCCCGAGGAGAUUGCCCAGGUGGCCACCAUCUCGGCCAACGGCGAUCAGGCCAUUGGCAAUUUGAUCAGCGAGGCCAUGAAGCGAGUCGGACGCGACGGUGUCAUCACCGUUAAGGACGGCAAGACCCUCACGGAUGAGCUGGAGGUGAUUGAGGGCAUGAAGUUCGACCGUGGCUACAUCUCGCCCUACUUCAUCAACUCUUCGAAGGGCGCCAAGGUCGAGUUCCAGGAUGCUCUUCUGCUGCUUUCGGAGAAAAAGAUCUCCUCAGUGCAGAGCAUUAUUCCCGCACUGGAGUUGGCGAACACGCAGCGCAAGCCCCUGGUGAUCAUCGCCGAAGACAUCGACGGCGAGGCCCUGAGCACUCUGGUCGUGAACCGCCUGAAGAUCGGUCUUCAGGUGGCAGCCGUCAAGGCCCCCGGCUUCGGCGACAACCGCAAGUCCACCCUGACAGACAUGGCCAUCGCCUCAGGCGGCAUUGUCUUUGGCGAUGAUGCUGAUCUCGUCAAGCUGGAGGAUGUCAAGAUCAGUGAUCUCGGACAGGUGGGCGAGGUGGUCAUCACCAAGGACGACACACUGCUGCUGAAGGGCAAGGGAAAGAAGGAUGACGUGAAACGUCGCGUUGACCAAAUCAAGGACCAAAUUGGCGAAACCACCUCCGAAUAUGAGAAGGAGAAGCUUCAGGAGCGCCUGGCCCGUCUGGCCUCCGGCGUUGCCCUGCUCCGAGUCGGUGGCUCCAGCGAGGUUGAGGUGAACGAGAAGAAGGACCGCGUCCACGAUGCCCUGAAUGCCACUCGCGCUGCUGUCGAAGAAGGAAUUGUUCCCGGUGGUGGCACUGCCCUCCUCCGCUGCAUCGAGAAACUUGACAGCGUGGCCGUCCAGAAUGCCGAUCAGAGCCUUGGAGUGGACAUCGUGCGCCGUGCCCUCCGCAUGCCCUGCAUGACCAUUGCCAAGAAUGCCGGCGUUGAUGGAGCCAUGGUCGUGGCAAAGGUGGAGACUCAGUCUGGUGAUUAUGGCUACGAUGCAAUGAAGGGCGAAUACGGCAACAUGAUUGAGAAGGGCAUCAUUGACCCCACGAAGGUGGUGCGCACGGCCAUUACGGAUGCCUCCGGUGUUGCAUCUCUGCUGACCACGGCCGAGGCUGUUGUCACUGAGAUCCCCAAGGACGAUGCUGCCCCGGGAAUGCCCGGUAUGGGUGGAAUGGGCGGCAUGGGAGGAAUGGGCGGCAUGGGUGGCAUGAUGUAAGCGAAUCAGUCUAUUUUUUAAGCCAUGAUGCAGGACGCCAGCAGAGAAGAAGCGAGCUGCACCAUCGCCGGCUCCGCAACACCAGCCGUCGCAGCGAGC